AUGGCAUCCACUCGCUCACUCGGCCUCCACGAGCCUUCGGGCGUCUCCUGGCUGGUCACCGAAGGCAUCCUAUCUCCGAACCCCUCUGAGAACGAAUACAAAUGGACGACAUCUGUGGACGAGACCGCUUCGACUGGGCCGGUGGACGACGAACUCGUGUGGACGUCGCAUUGCGUGGUCUGGUCUCGCGCAGGGAUGAGGGACAUGUCAAGCCGAGCGGCUCGGCCCAUGGAGGGCCGGGCAAUACUUGGAGCCGGCUGGCUUCCAAAGACCCAAAUAUGCGGGGAAAGCAAGGCAAGCAAGACCAAUUACAAGAUAUUGAAUAUGGAAGCUAACUGGGGGUCGACUUUAGACCUGAAGGGAGACCAACCAGUGGCCGUUGUGGAUCGCCGCCCUGUUAAUGAGAAAGUAUCACGAGCUCUGGUGGUCGUGCUCAAGUCCCAGGCCCAUAUCUUCUUUGUUACAGGUACAAGUCACACAAUCCCUCUGCCAUUUGAGGUUCACUCUGUAUUCGCUACCCCUCAAGGCCUAUUGUUCCAGAGGAAGAUGCCCGACGAAGAUCCAGGCCGCCAACCUCCAACUGCUCCUCCAAACUCUUUCCUAUCUUCCUCGCUAUUCGAUCCUCGGGCUUCGCAAUCGCAAGAUUUUACACCAUUGUCCAGCAAGGGCAAACGCCGAUCGUCAAGAUUCUCUACUUUUCAACGCUCCUCGUGGAUUCCCAAGUCCACUUCAAGUAACGAUCUUCCUCGAGUGUUCUCCCUCAUUGACCCUCACUCGGAAAUGGGACUAGUCGUAACAUCGCAAAAGAAACAGUGGAAGAAAAGCAGCGUUACCAGCACUAAACCAAAGCCUUCUGGCUUGGAUUUGCUUGAUACUGCCGAUGAGAUAAUAUACAUCUCCCCGAAAGACGAGCUUGCGGGUUCUGGCCCAGUAUCCAUUGGACUGCCCUUGAUACUGGUCGUUACUAAAAACACGACAACCGGGCUUCAUACAAUUUGGACAGCACGAUAUCGCGACGAUGAUCCCAAUGGUUCGCUGAAAGAGAAAGCUCGUCGACAUACAGAAGGCACUCAGUCCAAACGACGGAGUUCGUACUAUGGCAUGACCACCGGCACAACGACUCCAGCUGCACGUCCCUCGGCUCGGGAGAGCUUUGGGCCAUGGACGGAGAACCGCAAUGCAUCUCAACCUAUCGAUGAGAAGAAUGAUCCCGAAGACGAUCUUGUUUCAAGGGUCGCGCAAGAUUUCGGAGACGUUGGCGUGCCGUUGAAAACAUCAAGACGGGUUAGCUCAUUGCUUGCUCGAACUGACUUGGCGACAGGCCAGGACCGUCUCACGUUCUCGGACCUGGCCACUGGCAGUCAGUCCAGUACUGCGCAUCCUAGUGGGCUGAGACAGUCAAUAGGAGCAGCCAGUGGUCGUGGUAGUUUUGGCUUCAAUCCUCGUGCCUCCUUACCUCCCACCUCCGGGUCUGUCUAUAGCACUGCAGGCAGCUUUGUGGAUGCCCCGGUGGAUAGGCUCCUUGAGGAACUCAACAACGACGUUCUGAGUGAAGGAUUUGAGAACAUUGCCCUCCGAGAGUCCACAUCUGGUCUUCCAGAAGAGCUACUUCUCACCAGAGUGGAGAGUUUUUCGACGAAAUUUUCCGGUAACUUCCGUGCAUCUGGUUCGCAGUCACAAUCCCACCACCUGAAGGUCUGCACAUUGGCCUCUUCAGACUAUAGCAGCACGCAAAAGAGCAAUACAGUCUCAGUGGCAGUCUGCGUCUUGGACAACGAUUCACAGAAUUUAGCCAUUGUCAACUUGAGAGCAGAGAGAGUGGCAGCAGCGAAAGGUGGAAAGGCUAAAAAAGCCAAGGGCCUGGAGAAGCGUCCAUUGCUGGUUCAUGCAACUGGCGUUCAGCAUGCCCCAAAUAUUCUAGACGCUUGCAGAAUCACUGACUGUGAUAUUUCACGUAUUCUCACAUUGUCUAUGUCAGAUAAUGGAAAGCGCGAGUUGUCUCUGCAAACACCCUGGGGGAGCCCAACCAAGAUCGAGAUCCCGGUCCCUCUGCAGCUCUAUGAGCCACAUGGGAUCUCCGCUAGCGAACUCGUCAGCCGCCCAAGAGAAAGCGGCCUCAAUCGGGUCAUGGCUGAUCCAAAUCUUGUUUUCGAGGCGUUUGACCAUGUCUGCUCCAAUGGUAAAGUCGAUUUGGUGGAUACGGAACAGCAACGACACAGACUUCAAAUUCGCAUGGAACCCCGCAACGACCUUGUGAGGAGAGCUCUCAGGGUCUGCAAAUUUGUGCUUCGUGAUUCAGAGAAAGCGGGUGAUGGCCUGCUGGUAGCUUGGUGGGAGGUCAUGAAAUGGUUUCGAGGCAGAGAAGACAUUGAAAAUGAUCGCGAAUUUACUGCUCUAGUCAUUGUCCUCUUCUCCUUAGCAGUCCCCUUCAUCAAGAAGCCUGCGCCUCAGACUCCGGCCAAACGAACACGCCGAAAGAAAGGCCUUCUGAGGUCAAGUAGCGGCGGCUACGUGGAUCUCGAGAGCUGGGAGAAUAUGCUGGAUCUAGAGUCUGGUGCCUCUGGAGUUACAGCACCUUGGAUGGCAGGCAGUGCCUGGGGCUGGAUCGUUGAACAGGAUGCAAUUGAGGAUCUUGCUACGCGAGACGCAGUGCGAACUCCGAAAAAUGAUCAACCUAACGCGGCUCGUUCCACUUACCGUCACAAUACCUACCUGACGCGAUGCAUCACGCUGUGUCGUGAAUACGUUCAGAGCCCUCAGGGUAUCAGAGCCUGCGGGUCGGAAGGAUACUUGCCCAUCUCUGGAGCAUUCUCCGAGAACACAAGAUGCACGGCUUUGGGUUCCAUACUCGUCGGUCUACACCUUUUCAGGGAGGAGCAGAAGUUGUCCACCGGCGACGCUGAAGAAUCGCAGCAUCCUCUGGGCCUUCUUGCCCCGGUUAUCGCCCAGCUUGGUACCUGGCUCGGCUGGCAGUCAUGGAGUUGGAACGAAGAUGCUUACUAUGGCACUGAGAUGGCCAGCAUGGAGCGUUGGCAGUUUGAAGAAAAUCAUAUCUCGCUGCUGAAUGUUCCUGCGGAGCCAUUCCCUCCUCCAUCAAUCUUUUCGUUCGUCAUGGGCGCUGUGCGCCAAGGAUCUUCGCCUUUUAUUACUCUCCUUGAUAUCGUCAGCGCCUCGGACCGAAUCCCCAGGAAGGGACAAAUGUGGCAAGAAUGCUUCAACAUUACCCCGAGGACUCUAGCUCUGAAUGGCUUUUUAACCGAAGUCCAUCAUGUGUCGACUCACCUGGAGAAGCUCAAACUCUUGAACCGCUGGGGUUUGACGAAAAGUAUUAUCGAUACUUUGCCUGAAGGUGUUGGUGCGCCAUUGUACGAAGCAGUGAUGCAGUGCCAAAUUGAGGCCUCGACAUCUUGGAGCUCAACGCUGCUUGAGCUUAUCGAUCGAGAAGAUCUGUACAUGUCCAUGAAUCCCGCGCAAUUCCAAUCGUUUGCAUUUACAUCACCGCACCUCGUGAUCUCUCACGACGCCAUGCGUGACUUCCAUACUAUGAGUAGCUUGGCUUUGGAUAUCGAUACUAUCAACUUCUUCGAUCCGUCCGCUGAGAUUGACCGAGUCGCCAUAAUUCGACAGGUUUUUCGAGAUGACAGGCGCUUUAUGGAAGCUCUCCGUCUUCUCAACCAGUCGAAACCACCCGUGGCACAUUGUGUGCCUCAGCCGGGGUGGAAAGAUUCGGAUCUACUUGAGGCUCAGAAAGAGAUUACCCAGAUUGUCACGUUUCGGACAUUGUCUACUCCUGCUGGACGCGCCAUGCUCAGCUUCGGCGGUCGCCUGCCCUUGUUAACGGAAAAGUUGCCAAUCCCGUCGUUCUCCUUGCAGUGCGUUAUGAGUCCAUCCAAUGUCACUGUGAGUGCUGACAAGAGUUUCUUCACUGAAGAAAAGGUCUGCUGGGCUUUCUUCCACAAUGGAGUAUCCACGGGAUUGGCGAUCUCGAAAGACUCCAAGGGCAUCGACACUUCGUGGAUUCUAUUCAAUAAGCCACAAGAGCUCACCAACCGCCAUGCUGGAUUCCUUCUGGCCCUAGGUUUGAACGGUCAUCUCAAGUCACUGGCUAAAUGGGUGGCCUUCAAGUAUCUCACGCCCAAACACACCAUGACAUCCAUUGGCUUGUUGCUUGGUCUCUCUGCAUCGUAUCUGGGUACGAUGGAUACGCUCAUCACUCGUUUGCUCUCGGUGCAUGUUACCAGGAUGCUGCCUCUCGGUGCCGCUGAGCUCAACCUGUCGUCUUUGACCCAAACGGCCGGCAUUAUGGGCAUUGGUCUUCUCUAUUGUAGAUCACAGCACCGGCGUAUGAGCGAGGUGAUGUUGUCAGAGAUUGAAAACACUGAGCAAGACGAGCAGUCUACUUCCAACGAAGACCUGCGAGAUGAGGGAUAUCGUCUCGCUGCAGGCUUUGCUCUAGGUUUCAUCAACUUGGCAAAGGGCAAAGACUUGCGAGGAAUGAGAGACAUGCACAUUGUCGAGCGCUUGUUGUCAAUCGCCGUUGGUACCAAGAACGUCGAUUUUGCUCAUGUUCUUGAUCGCGGCACGGCGGGUGCCACAGUCGCAAUCGCCAUCAUCUUCAUGAAGACCAAUGAUGCGGUUCUGGCCCAGAAGAUCGAUAUUCCUGACACUCCUGUGGGUUUCGACUAUGUACGACCGGAUUUAUUCCUCCUACGAACACUUGCUAGGCAUCUUAUCAUGUGGGAUGGUAUUUCCCACACUCAGAAGUGGAUCGAUGAGAGCCUUCCCCAGGUGUACCGCCAUCGAUCCAGCCUGGAGGGAGUUUCCAGCCUCCGAAGUGAAGACAUGCCAUUGUUCAACAUCAUCGCCGGUCUCUGCUUUGCUCUCGGUCUUCGCUUUGCUGGAUCCGGGAUCCCCUUUGCCAGAAAUAUUCUACUGGCCUACUUGGACCAGUUCAUCCGCAUCUCUCGAUUGCCAGCACAGAAAUACGACGCCAAACUCGCCCGCAACUCUGUACGAAACUGUCAGGACAUCGUUGCUCUGUCUGCCGCUGCCGUCUGCGCCGGUAGGGGCGACAUACCUCUCUUCCGUCGCCUUCGCUCACUUCACGGCCGAGUUGAUCCGGACACCCCAUAUGGCAGCCACAUGGCUGCUCAUAUGGCAAUCGGCAUGCUCUUCCUUGGUGGAGGUAGCCAUUCUCUCGGCACAUCCGACUUGGCUGUUGCGUCCCUCCUCUGCGCCUUCUAUCCGAUAUUCCCGACUACCGUCCUCGACAAUAAGUGCCAUCUUCAAGCAUUCCGACAUCUCUGGGUUCUCGCAGUCGAACCACGCUGUCUUAUCCCUCGGGACAUCGACACGCGUCGACCCAUCUCCGUCCCUAUCAACGUAACCUUCAAAAGCAGCGGCAACCCAUACACAUACCCCCUCUUAGCCCCCUAUCUCCUCCCGCCCCCAGAAAUGGUCUCAAAGAUCGAGAUCUGCGGUCCAGACCACUGGCCUCUGGUCCUGGACUUUGAUCAGAACAAUUCCCUUCGCAAUAAAUUCAUCAAUGGCGAUCCGUCCGUCUACCUCCGUCGAAAGGCAACAUACACUCCCUCCGGCUCUCCGGCUUCAACAUCCACCUUCUCUUCAACCUUCACGGGUCUAAGCGAAGCACAAGAUGUCCUCCACACCACAAAUGGAAACCAACUCAGAGGCCUCCCACUCCCUCCCCGACUUUCGAAAAAGGAACUGCUUUCCGGCUCUUUAUCAGCGGCCGCCACGACCCCGUCUCAAACCCCUUGGGACUGGGUCUUCAAUCUACCGUCCCUGCAGGGCCUGGAUAUCCGCGAGCGAUCUCUCGUUCUACCUUCGUCGUUCCCGAAUCCAUCACCGAGCUUCUCUUCCCCGCUCGUUUCCUCGCCACCGUGGUUGCGUACUUCGGCCGUCGAUACCCGGCUUUCUCUGGAACGUACCAUUCAGAAUGUCGUUCGCUCUGCCAAGGGACGGGGCGCCGAUCCGGAUCAGGUUCGCGAUCGCAUUUGGCAGUUACGCCUUUUGUUCGAUUGGCUUGAGUCUGUUGAGGCGCGUGCUACUGCCGAUGAUGGUGAUGAGAUGUCUGCUGCGCAGCAUCGAUCUGAUUUAUGGCUGCGUAGGGACUUUAUUGAAGAAGCUAAGUGGUUGGUUUGGGGCGUGCAGGUGGAUGAUGAUCUGGUUGAGACAUGA